GGACUGGCAGCUUUGAACAUAAUCAUAUCUAGCUAUCGCCGCCAGUCCAAUUUGACCAAUGGGCGCAUACUACGACGAGAUAGAAAUCGAAGAUAUGACCUGGGAUGAAGUAAAGGGUGUGUAUCACUACCCAUGUCCCUGCGGAGAUCGCUUCGAAAUUUCUCGGAAGCAGCUCGCAAAUUACGAAGAUGUCGCGACAUGUCCGAGCUGCAGUCUUGUUAUUAGGGUUAUAUAUGACCCGUUGGACUUUGAGGACGAACCACCUGACGAUGAGAUGAGUCAGGAAGGGUCGGAGUCGGAUGAUGACCACUUCGAAGAUGCGCUUGAAAAACUUGUGCUGCAUGAGGAUGUGAAGGUCCCCAAUGUUGCUUUAUGUGCCUGAAGCUGGGACCGGUGAUUGCAUGCGUGGGUUUUUCCGUAGUAAUCCCCUAUGAUGCAUGAAUCAAAUGUUUGCAAUAAAUGCAGGUUCGCUGGAAAAUAUAAAAUUG